AAGGAAGUUUCGCCUUCUGCCACCCGGCCUGGGGCUGGGGCUGUCGCUUGUUGGUGGCUGUGUUCCUAGACGCCCCUGCCUGGCUCUCCUGCCUCUUUCGGGGCUGACGGCGACUCGCCGCGGCUGCAGAGGGUCCAGGGCGUGCGACCAGGAUUUUUCUGUGACACCUUCAGCAUGAGUCCCACACAGUGGGACUUCCCUGUGGAGUUAUGUUGCCGGCCAAUGGCUUUUGUUACACUCACUGGCCUUGAUGUGGUCUAUAAUGCUGUCCAUCGAGCAGUUUGGGAUGCUUUCUGUGCCAAUCGGAGAGCUGACCGGGUUCCAAUUUCUUUCAAGGUGCUCCCAGGUGACCAUGAAUACCCAAAAUGUAGAUCAAAGAGGACGUCAUAUGAGUGGUACAUCCCUAAAGGGAUCUUAAAGACGGGCUGGAUGAAUAAGCAUCUGAACCUGGUGCCAGCGCUGGUGGUCGUGUUCUAUGAGCUGGACUGGGACGAGCCUCAGUGGAAGGAGAAGCAGUCCGAGUGCGCUACCAGAGUGGAGAUUGUGAGGCAAAGUUUGCAAGGGAGAAACACAAAAGUUGCAGUCGUCCUGAUUCAAAAGAAAACGCCUUUACCCCCAGGAGAAGAUGUCAUUGCUUCUGAGCGGGCUGCGGCCUUAUGCAAUGUGUGUGAACUCUCCGGCAAGUCUCUGUUUGUGCUGCCCCACACUGACCACCUUGUGGGCUACAUUAUAAGAUUAGAAAAUGCGUUUUAUGAGCAUGCCCAGACCUAUUACUACACUGAGAUCAGAAGAGUGAAAUCGCAUAAGGAAUUUUUGAAUAAAACAACACACCAGCUUUUGUUUGUUAGACAUCAGUUUAAAAUAGCUUUCUUCAGUGAGUUGAAACAAGAUACACAAAACGCUCUGAAGAAUUAUAGGAUUGCCUAUAACCUUGUACAUGAAUUGAGGGCCCAUGAAACUAAUAUUCUGGAAAUUAAGACGAUGGCAGGAUUUAUAAACUACAAGAUCUGUAGGCUGUGUUUUCAGCACAAUACCCCACUGGAUGCGAUUGCUCAGUUUCGAAAACACAUUGACUUGUGUAAGAAAAAGAUUGGAAGUGCGGAGCUGGCCUUUGAGCACGCCGCGUGGAUGGCAAAACAAUUCCAGGCUUUCGGAGAUUUAUUUGAUGAAGCCAUUAAGUUGGGGUUGACAGCUAUUCAAACGCAGAACCCUGGUUUCUACUAUCAGCAGGCAGCUUACUAUGCCCAGGAGAGAAAACAGCAUGCGAAAGCCCUCUGUAACCGCGAUGCUGCUGUGAUGUACCCCAAUCCUGAUCCCUUAGAAACACAAACAGGCGUUCUUGACUUUUAUGGACAGAGGCCCUGGAGACAAGGAAUACUAAGCUUUGACCUCUCGGACCCUGAGAAAGAGAAAGCAGGGAUUCUUGCCAUUCAGCUGAAGGAGAGAGGUGUUGUGCACUCCGAAAUAAUAAUCGCUCUUCUGAGCAAUGCUGUCGCCCAGUUCAAGAAGUACAAGUGCCCACGGAUGAAAAGCCACCUGAUGGUUCAGAUGGGAGAGGAAUAUUACUAUGCAAAGGAUUACACCAAAGCUUUGAAGCUGCUGGACUAUGUGAUGUGUGACUACCGGAGCGAAGCGUGGUGGACUCUACUCACGUCUAUACUGACAACAGCCCUGAAGUGUUCCUACCUCAUGGCCCAGUUAAAAGAUUAUAUUACCUAUUCUCUGGAACUCCUUGGACGAGCUUCAACUCUGAAAGAUGACCAGAAAUCUCGGAUAGAGAAGAACCUCAUGAAUGUUUUAAUGAAUGAAAGCCCUGACCCUGAACCUGACUGUGAUGUCUUAGCAGUGAAGACUGCUCAGAAGCUGUGGGCGGACCGGGUCUCUCUGGCUGGCAGCAAUGUCUUCACAAUCGGCGUACAGGACUUCGUGCCAUUUGUACAAUGCAAAGCCAAGUUCCACGCUCCAAGUUUUCAUGUGGAUGUUCCUGUUGAGUUUGAUGUUUUUCUGAAGGCUGACUGUCCACACCCCAUUAGGUUUUCCAAGCUCUGCGUCAGCUUUAAUAAUCAGGUUUACAACCAGUUCUGUGUGUUGGAAGAAGCAUCCAAAGCAAGUGAGGUCCUUGAAAAUCUGACUCAGGGAAAGAUGUGCUUAGUUCCUGGCAAAACAAGGAAACUGUCAUUUAAAUUUGUUGCAAAAACAGAAGAUGUGGGAAAAAAAAUCGAGAUCACCUCUGUGGAUCUGUUUCUGGGCAGCGAGUCAGGCCGGUGUGUGGUUUUGAGCUGGCAGGGAGGCGGAGGAGAUGCUGCAUCCUCGCAGGAAGCCCUUCAGGCUGCAAGGUCUUUCAAAAGGCGGCCAAAGCUUGCUGCGGACGAGAUCCACUGGGACAGCAUCAUAAUCCAGGCAAGCACAAUGAUCAUUUCCAGAGUCCCAAACAUCUCUGUCCACCUGCGACAUGAGCCCCCUGCUCUAAUGAAUGAGAUGUAUUGUUUGGUUGUUACUGUUCAAUCCCACGAGAAGUCCCAAAUCAGGGAUGUGAAGCUCACUGCGGGCCUAAAGCCAGGGCAGGAUGCCAACCUAACCCAGAAAACUCAUGUGACACUUCACGGGGCAGAGCUGUGUGAUGAGUCCUACCCCGCCCUCCUCACUGACAUUCCUGUGGGAGACCUAUACCCAGGGGAACAGCUAGAAAAAACAGUGUAUGUUCGCUGUGGAACCGUGGGUUCCAGAAUGUUCCUUGUGUACGUUUCUUACCUGAUCAAUACAACUGUUGAAGGAAAAGAAAUUAUUUGCAAGUGUCACAAGGCCUCAGUGCAUAUGUGGAACAGUUUCGGGAAUUGGUUCUCUCCUUGGACUGUGUGGGUUCCAGAAAAGGAGCAAGCUUCUCUAGCCUUCGACCCAUCUCACUGGCCCACGGAUGAUACUGUCACAAUAGAAACUGUCUUUCCGUUUGAUGUCGCAGUCAGAUUUGUUUCCACAAAGUUUGAGCACCUGGAAAGGGUCUAUGCAGACAUCCCCUUUCUGUUGAUGACGGAUGUUUUAAGUGCCUCACCUUGGGCCCUCACAAUUGUGUCCAGUGAGCUACAGCUUGCUCCAUCAAUGACUGCAAUGGAUCAUCUGGAGUCCCAGAUAGACAAAGUUGUCUUACAGACAGGAGAGAGCGCUAGUGAGUGCUUCUGUCUUCGCUGCCCCUCUGCUGGGAACAUUGAAGGUGGAGUGGCGACGGGCCAUUACAUUAUCUCCUGGAAGAGGGCCUCGGUCAUGGAAAGCAUCCCCGCCAUUAGCACUGUCAUCACACUGCCUCACGUGAUUGCUGAAAACAUCCCUCUCCACGUGAACGCAGACCUGCCCUCGUUUGGACGUGUCAGAGAGUCGUUGCCCGUGAGGUAUCACCUGCAGAAUAAGACCGACUUGGUUCAAGAUGUGGAGAUUUCUGUGGAGCCCAGUGACGCCUUCAUGUUCUCAGGCCUCAAACAGAUCCGACUGCGUAUUCUCCCUGGCACCAAACAGGAAAUGCUGUAUAAUUUCUAUCCUCUGAUGGCUGGGUACCAGCAGCUACCAUUGCUCAACAUCAACUUGCUUAGGUUUCCCAACUUCACCACCCAGCUGCUCAGGCGCUUCAUCCCGACCAGCAUUUUUGUGAAGCCGCAGGGUCGACUCUUGGAGGACACCUCCAUUGCUGCUGCGUGAAGUCCAGGACCAGCGCUUGGUGUUCUUACAGAGGAGUCAAGAGACGACCUGGGAGGCCUGCUGUGGCUGUAGCUUUGAUCAUGGUGAAAAGUAAAUCUUGCCUAUUUGUUUAAUGGACAUAAUACCAGCAGUUCAGAGGAACUCAUGGUUAUAUUGAGGAAAUCAUCUUCUCUAGUUUCACUAAUAAAAGUUUGAGUUGUGUCGUGUGAUGUGAAGGGUGUCAGGUCAUCUUGCUGUUAGCGAGAUGUGUCUUGAUGUCCAGCAUCAAUAGAAACAGAUCCGCAAAUGUGACUGACAGAGGAGAUGCAACUCACCUGGGUGUGCCUGCGGUGACCCACCCGUGUGUACUUAGUGCAGACACAGCAAGCAGCCCAGGUCUGACUGAGGGACAGACCUCUGGGAGGGGUUCAUUGGAGCCAUUGAGAGGUAUGCUUUAUCAAACUACAACCCACACAUGCAUUUGUGUGCGUCCUGGGGGCCCUGAUUAUAAGCUUAAUUAAAGCCAAGUCUGUAAGAAUGGAGCAGUAAGAGGUUUCAGUCCCGUGACAUAAUUUCCUAAGUGCUAUUUAGAACGACCUUUAAGUUCAUGUAAAUGGAAACAUCGUAUGGUGAACAUUUUCUUUGUAAAAUAUCUUAAUUUAAAACUACAUAAUUUCUUAGAAAUUUGUAUUAUGCAGACUGCGGGCAUGUUGUAAAAAGGAAAUAGUGAUGUAAAUAAAAUAUUCUCUCUUUCA